CCAUUGUAAGGGUGGUUUGCCCCGCCCCCCCCUUUAAUCUCUGCUUUCUCUGCUUCUGAAAAAUAAGCGAAUAUUUGGAGCCCGCCUACAGAGACUCACAAGAGAUUUCCACAUGUUGAUUUCUAGGUUGUAUCGAUGGGCAAAGAAUUUUAAGCUUCGUCAGAGUCCCUUCACCACCUCCAUAGAUCAUUCCUACCAGAGGUCACAGGUCUCAAAAAACCUACAGAAACAGGAAACAAACUUCCUGAGUGCACUGCAAAACACAGAAACCUGCUUCCUCUAUUCAUCUCAAACGGGCAGAGAUCUGUCUUAGCGGAUUCAAUGUGAAAGCAGCUAUCGAAACGGCCAGAAGGGCUUCAUCCCACAAUUUCCCAUGAGCUUUCUUGUUUCAAAGGACUAAGAUGGAGGCAGCAAGGUUAUUCGUCCUGCUCUCCAGUUUAUGGAGUGGAGGCAUCGGGCUUUACAGCGUGGAGCCCUCCUGGACUGCACCUGAAGGUGAAAGCUCCCAGAAUGUGACUUCUGCCUCAGUUGCUCCCAACACAACAGAAGGUUUCCAACUGCUGCCCACCGCUCGGCCCGAGUUAGCUGAGAUCGCCCCGAUUCCUGAAGAGGGAACUUCUGAAGAGACUCUUCUACAGUCAGCAUUGCCCCUCUUAGAGUCAAGUACACCUGCUGAGGGUGUGGGAAACCAGACGCCUGCACCCACAGAGAUGACUGAAGAAGGAACCGUGAAGUCACAAAAUCCUGCCCUCAGGACCCAGACUAGCACCAAGUUCAAUCCCGGAGCAAAGUCGGUGGUCCUUUCCAAUUCUACACUGAGAUUUCUGCAGAGUUUUGCUAGCACGUCAAAGGAACAAACAGUGCCUCAGAACUUAGCUGGAGGCAUGAGAAAUCGGUCCCCCAGGAAAACAUAUCUCAGCGACCAAAGUCAAGGAGCUGGCUAUCAAAAAUCAAGUUUUGAGACAACUAGAGGAAAGAACUGGUGUGCCUAUGUGCAUACUAGGCUGUCCCCGACAGUGGUCCUGGACCCCCUGACCACUUAUGUUCCAGGUAGCAGAAGUCCCUGCGGCUGGACCAGUGGAUCCUGUGCUCAGAGAUCUCAGAAGGUAUCAAAUCCUGUCUAUAGGAUGCAACACAAGAUUGUUACUUCCUUGGAUUGGAGGUGCUGUCCCGGAUACAGUGGGCUAAAAUGUCAGCUGAAAGCCCAGGAACAGCAGCAAUUGGCGCACAGCAACCAGGCUGAAAGUAGCGCAGCUAUUGGCAGAGGGACUGGUGAGCAACAGCUACAUCAACAGCAAGACCAUGGUGACGCAGCAGUGAUGCAAAAAAUGACCGACCAGAUGAACUCUCAGGCAAGGAAACUGACUCUUCUCCAGAAGCAGAUUGACAGUAUUUCUUUGGCUGUGAAUGAUGUGAGAAACACACACUCCUCCCUGGAAGGGAAAAUCAGUGAAGAUAAAGGCAAAGAAUUUCAAUCUUUUCUAAAAGGUCUAAAAUCCAAAAGCUUCAAUGAUUUGGUAACAGACAUAGUAAGAGAACAAUUUAAAAUUUUUCAAAAUGACAUGCAAGAGACUGUCGCUCAGCUCUUCAAAACUGUAUCAAGUCUAUCAGAGGAUCUUGAAAACACGCGGCAAUUAAUUAAACAAGUUAAUGAAUCUGUGAUUUCAGCAACAGCCCAGCAAAAGUCAGUUUUAAUUCAAGAAAAUAGACCUACUUUGCCUGAUAUAGUAGAUCUAAAAAAUCACAUUGUGGAUGUAAGGCAUGAAAUGACCUUCACAUGUGAGAAGCCAAUUAAAGAACUAGAAGCAAAGCAGAUUCGUUUAGAAGAUGCUCUAGCACAGGAACGCUCUAGGAGCCUUCUGUAUUAUGAAUCCCUCAAUCAGACUCUUUCUAAAAUGAAGGAAGUGCAUGAGCAGCUUUUAUCAGACCAGAAGAAUGUGCCAGCUGGCGAGUCCGUUAGCAGUAAUGUCACUGAAUACAUGUCUACUCUAAAGGAGAAUAUGAAGAAGCACAGUAUGAUGCUGCUGCAAAUGUUUCAUGAUUUGCACAUCCAGGACAGCAAGAUUAACAAUCUCACCAUCACUGUGGAGACGGGGAAAGAAUUUGUCAGGGGUGAGUGUGAAGACUUGUUAUCCAAGUGCAGAAAUGAUUUUAAAUUUCAACUUAGGGACACAGAAGAGAAUUUGCAUGUUUUAAACCAAACUUUGGCUGAGGUUCUGUUUCCAAUGGACAGUAAGAUGAAUCAAAUGAGUGAACAACUAAAUGACUUGACAUAUGACAUGGAGAUUCUUCAACCUUUGCUCGAGCAGGGAGCAUCUCUUAGACAGACAAUGACAUAUGAACAACCAAAGGAGGCAGCAGUUACAAGGAAAAGGUUGGAAAAUCUAACAAAUGCUGUCAAUAGUCUAAAUUUUCUUGUCAAAGAACUUACAAAAAGACACACCUUACUUAGAAAUGAAGUACAAAGUCGUGGUGAUACCUUCGAAAGAAGGAUCAAUGAAUAUGCCUUAGAAAUGGAAGAUGGUCUAAAUAAGACAAUGACUGUUAUCAAUAAUGCCAUUGACUUCAUUCAAGAUAACUAUGUGCUAAAAGAGACUUUGAGUGCUAUUAAGUAUAAUCCUGAGAUCCAUGAUAAAUGUACCCAAAAUAUGGAAACCAUUUUUGCAUUUAUUUCUCAGUUUCAACGCCUGAAUGAUUCUAUUGAGAUUUUGGUUAAUGACAAUCAGAAAUAUGACUUUGUUUUGCAAGUUGCCAAGGCUCUCGCGUAUUUUCCUAAAGAUGAAAAAUUAGGUCAGUUAAAUUUUCAGAAACUUUAUCAAAUGUUCAAUGAGACCACGUCCCAAAUGGCAAAAUAUCAGCAAAAUAUGAGUCAUUUGGAAGAAAAAAUACUCUUGGCCACCAAGAUUUCCAAACAUUUUGAAACCAAGUUGCAAGAGAUUGAAUCUAAAGUGACCCAGACACUCAUACCUUAUUAUAUUUCACUUAAAAAAGGUAGUGUGGCCACUAAUGAUAGAGACCAAGCACUUCAACUUCAGGUAUUAAAUUCCAGAUUUAAGGCACUGGAAGCAAAAUCCAUCCGUCUUUCAAUUAACUUCUCAUUACUUAACAAAACUCUCAAUGAAGUCUUAAUAAUGUGUCACGGUGCUUCCACAAAUAUAUCAGAACUGAAUGCUACCAUACCUAAGUGGAUAAAAGGUUCCUUACCAGAUAUUCACCUUCUUCAGAAAGCUCUAACAAAAUCUGUGGAACCGAUAAUUGAGAUAAAAACUCAAGCUGCCCUGUCCAAUUUAACUUGGUAUAUAGAUCGAUCAUUGUCUGGUAACCCGGCAAAUGCUGCCAGGUCUCAGAAGCAAGUCAAGUCCUGGUUGAAGAAACCUAAUACACUCAAGAAACCAACAGUGAAUGUUACCACUGUUCUGAUAGGCCGGACUCAAAGAAACACAGACAACAUUAUAUCUCCAGCACCAGAAGAGUAUUCAGGCUGCAGGAAGUCCCCGUGCCAGAAUGGGGGCACAUGUAUAAAUGGAAGAACAAGCUUUACCUGUGCUUGCCGACAUCCUUUUACUGGUGACAACUGCACUAUCAAGCUGGUGGAAGAAAAUGCUUUGCCUCCAGAUUUUUCCAAAGGAUCUUACAGAUACGCACCGAUGGUGGCAUUUUUUGUAUCUCAUACCUAUGGAAUGACUACUCCUGGUCCUAUCCUAUUUAAUGAUUUGGAUGUCAAUUACGGAGCUUCAUAUACCCCAAGGACUGGGAAAUUCCGGGUUCCGUAUCUUGGAGUAUAUGUUUUCAAGUACACCAUUGAGUCACUGAGUGCUCAUAUCUCUGGGUUUUUAGUGGUUGAUGGAAGAGACAAGCUUGCAUUUGAGUCUGAAAAUAUUAACAGUGAAAUUCACUGUGAUAGGGUGCUGACUGGGGAUGCCCUACUAGAAUUAAAUUACGGGCAGGAAGUGUGGUUACGACUCGUUAAAGGAACCAUUCCAGCGAAGAUUCCCCCUGUCACCACAUUUAGUGGUUACUUAUUAUACCGUACGUAAGUUACUAUGAGAGACAAGACUAUCACCUUUACUGAGAAACAGCCAAUGUUUUUACUUGUCUUUGCAUGCACAUCUGCUCUGUUUUUGGUUUUUCUACACGCAAAGAAAGCCAAUUCCUUUUUUUCAUCUGAGCAAACUGUAUGCUUGUUUAUUUCAUAAAGUUAUUUGAAUACUUUUUGCAUAGCCUGUAUGCAAAGGAGUUCUUGCUCUAAAGACAUUUAGUGACAUAGAAGACAAAGUCAAUUCAUGAGUACAACUACUCUUAUUUUUGUUUCUCCAUUGUUAGUCAUUUCAGUUUAAGGUAAUAUUACAAAAUAUUAAUCAUGAAUAAUGUUAGUUACAAUAGUCAUUUCAAUAAAACACUUAACUUUUGUUAUUCCCUGCAUAUUUAAAUGUAAAAUAUAUGUUCUUUAGACUCACAAAUUAAAAUAAAUUCCUCAAAAACAAAAAGUGCUUUUUGUAAAACUUUUUCUAUUUUUUCCUUGGGGUUGAUACGAUCAAUUUUAUAUACAAAAAUUUUCAUUUGUAAUUCAAAAUUAACAAAAUUUGGUUAGAAAUUUGAAAUAUGCUUAACCAUUCUCUUUCUGUAAUUAGAGAAUAAUGUAGCAAAUGGCACAUAAUUGAACAUUGACAUCCCAGUCUAAGGACUUCUAAGUGGAGCAUUUACCUGUCAUCAUCAAGCAGUAUCUACAGGGAGGAAAAGACAGCAUAUUUUUCUGCAGCUUCCACAGCUAAUAGCCCCUCUUCAAACAAACAGUACGUUAAAAUCCAGGAAAUCAUGUAAAUUAUGGGAUACUGUUCACUACGUUCUGGUUGUCUUCUACACAAUCUCACAGUGAACGUCUCAUUAAUUCCUCAGAAUUACAUUUAUAAUGUGAGUAUUAUUAUCAUUAUUUAUGUUUUUGUAGUUGAACAACUACGGUAUAGAGUAGUGAAGGAAUGGAUUAAAGGUCACAGCCUGCAGGAACUGAGGCAGUGCAUGGAAUCAGGCCAUGUCUUCUGCAGAGCCCAUCCAUCCUUUCUCUAUAUUGCCUCUCACAGACGUACAAAAAUUCGGAGCUGGCUCUGUGACACAGUGGGUUAAAGCUAAGGCCGGCAGCGCCAACCUCCCAUAUAGGAAGCUGGUUAGAGCCCUGGAUGCACCUCUUCCAAUCCAGCUCCUUGCUAAUGCACUCGGGAAAGCAGCGGAGAACGGUCCAAGUGCUGAGGCCCCUGCACACACAUGGGAGACCUGGAAGAAGCUCUAGACUCCUGGCUUUGGCCUGACCCAGCCCUGGCAGGUUACAGCCACCUGGGGAGUGAAUCAGUGGAUGAAAGCCCUCUCUGUUUCUCCCUCUCUCUCUCUCGAACUGCCUUUCAAAUAAAUAAAAUCUUUUCAAAAAAAGA